CUUGACAGUCACUGUCGUGUGUGCUGCUUUGGACAGGUCAGGUUCGGAAGGGCAACAAAACAAAAUAUUCGGAAAAUUGUGAAAACAAGCUGCCUAAAUUUUAGUUACUAAAAUUCCAGCGACAUUUAUCGGCAUAAAAUAAUCGUUUAGUCCCAGAUAAACAACACUCGAGCCAUGGAAAUGAAACAAAUCAUUCAAACAGAGGAAACCGACAGUGGCCCUGUAAGGUUACCGGUGGAUAGCGAAAGCCACACCUUCGACGACUGGACCAUUUCGUACACCAAAUCCCACAUCCUGAAGAGCGUCUGCAUCAACGACAAUAAAUGUGUUCCCGGAGAGGCCGGAUGCUGCGAGCUGUGCGUGUACAACUUUGCCCUGGAAUUGCCUCAUCUACCAGAUAUGGUGUUCCACAAAAAUAUCCUAACGAUAAGUCACAAAAGCGGUGCACGGCUGGAGUUCAACCCGAUGGACGCGCUCAAGCUGGUUCGGAACGAGAAGCUAGACCUAAAGGUGGCCUGUUCCGAGGAGUGGAAGGAGAGCCGAUCGGCGGCUGAUACUCAGGAAAAGGUGAAACCAUUCGAUUGGUCAUUUACGACGGAGUAUAAAGGCACCGUCAACGAAGGCAUGGUGGUGGAGACAACCGACCAAAAAAUCGACAUGUUCAAACUAAUGAAACGGGAACCGAUUCUGUUCUACCAUGAUCUCACUCUGUUCGAAGAUGAGCUGCACGAUCACGGUAUAUCGGUGCUCUCGGUGAAAGUGCGAGUCAUGCCAUCCGGCUUCUACAUCCUUCUGCGCUUCUUCUUGCGUGUAGAUCACGUUCUGAUACGCAUCAACGACACUCGAUUCCACUACGAGAAAGGCAACGACUACAUGCUGAGGGAGUACACGCACCGAGAGGCGAAGAUAGAGCAACUGAAACGUGUUCCACCGGCGCUGUUCACAAGUCCAAACGAAAUUGCCGAACAUUUGCCGGUGGUUUCGAAAGUUACGGAAAAGUUGUCCCUGUCGGCAAAAGCAACCGAUUCUGCUGAAACAACGGAGGACAUGUCAUCGUAAAAAAAAAAAAAAACAGAAAAAAGACACAUCCGUUUACAUCGUUAGAACGACUUAAUCUUAAGUUUAUUGAAGCAGUUGGUAUCCCUUCGACGAAAACCUCGCCCGGGCUGCAAAUCAUCAUGUGUGUUGUGUAGAAUAGGAUCGUAAAAAAAAUCCGAAUAAUACGAUUGCGAUUAAAAUAGUGAAACAUGA